AUGACCCCGGCCAAAUUGACCUCGGUCAAAUUGUUCCCGGUCAAAUUGAAUUCGGUCAAAUUGGUUUCGCCGUUGAGCUCGGAUAAAUUGAUCCCGGUCAAAUUGAAUUCGGUCAAAUUAACCCCAGUCGAAUUGAAUUCGGUCAAAUUGUUCCCGGCCAAAUUGAUCCCGGUCAAAUUGAUCCCGGUCAAAUUGAUCCCGGUCAAAUUGUUCCCGGGCGAGCGUCACGGCACCGCCGCCGAGCGUAUGCUCGCCGCGCAGAACCCGUUGUUCCCUUCGGACAAACCCAACCAAAUGUUCUCGGACGGCAAAUUGCCCCUCCCACAAAUGAUGGCUCCGCCCAUGCCUCCGCCUCCUGGCCCGCCCAUUCCACCACCCAACAUGCCGCCUCCGCCAAUGGGCGGUGCUCCGCCACCGCUCGUCUUUCCGCCGCCGCCUCCGCCCGUGCCGACGCCGGGCGCCACGCCCAUUCCGCCACCGCCUCCGCCGCCGGCACCGCCCACACCGAUGGGAACGCCACGCCCACCGCCACCAGUCAGCGCUCCGCCCCCGCUUUGGGGUCUACCGCCACCGCCGCCGAUCACGCCCGGAAUUCGACCGCCCGCGCCGACGCCGACGCCCACUCCGCCACCGCCACCACCGCCGCCGCGCAUGCUUCCGCCUGGAAUGCCGCCGAUACCGCCGCCUGGUCCGCCACCGAACGCUGGCGCCGCGUCGUCGGCCGGCGGCGCACCGCCGCCCACUCCGGGCGUUCCGCCACCUCCCGGCGCCGCGGCCGCCGCGUCGACGGGCGGUGGCGCCGGGGCUCCGCCCCCUGGUCGCCUGCCACCUCCGCCACCGUCAUCGUUCUAUGGCGCUGGCGGCGCUGCUGGUGGUGCGGGCGGUCCACCACGCCCACCACCACCGUUCGCUCCGCCCCCACCGCCUGGUGGCGUGCGUAUGGUACGCCCGCCGCCGCCGCCGUUUGCAGCGACGCCACGCCCCCCACACCCACCACCGCCUCCGUCCAACUGA